CACCAUGGCUCCCAGCCACCGGCCCCCCAGCCCUGCCCUGGCGUCCGUGCUGCUGGUCUUGCUGCUGAGUGGUGCUGCCCGGGCUGCGGAGAUCGUGGGCGGACGCGAGGCGCAGCCACACUCCAGGCCCUACAUGGCCUCGCUGCAGGUGCAGAGCGACCUGGGCAGCCACUUCUGCGGGGGCACCUUGAUCCACCCCAGCUUCGUGCUGACGGCCGCGCACUGCCUGCAGGACAUCCCCCACCGCCUGGUGAACGUGGUGCUCGGAGCCCACAACGUGCACACGCAGGAGCCCGGCCAGCAGCACUUCGCGGUGGCGCAGGUGUUUCAGAACAACUACGACGCUGAGAACAAACUGAACGACGUUCUCCUCAUCCAGCUAAACCGUCCGGCCAACCUCAGUGCCUCCGUCGCCACAGUCCAGCUGCCACAGCAGGACCAGCCAGUGCCCCACGGCACCCAGUGCCUGGCCAUGGGCUGGGGACGCGUGGGCACCCACGACCCCCCAGCCCGGGUCCUGCAGGAGCUCAAUGUCACCGUGGUCACCUUCCUGUGCCGGCCACACAACGUGUGCACUUUCGUCCCUCGCCGUAGUGCCGGCAUCUGCUUUGGAGACUCAGGUGGCCCCCUGAUCUGUGACGGCGUCAUCCAGGGAGUAGACUCCUUUGUGAUCCGGGGAUGUGCCACCCGCCAGUUUCCCGACUUCUUCGCACGGGUAGCCCUCUACGUGGACUGGAUCCGUUCCACGCUGCGCCGCGUGGGGGCCGAGGGCCACCCCUGAGCCGCCUCCACCGCACUGGCCGGGACCCGAGCCCGGCUCCAAACCCUCGAGGGGGAUCUUUGGACAGAAGCAGCUCUUCUCCGAACACUGCCUCCUCCACCCGGGUCCGGGACAGCCCCACCCGUCGCCCCACACUGCCUCCCUCGGGGCUCCGGGAGACAGGCCGGCCCUGCACCUCUCCCCGCCGUGACCUCAAUAAAUGUUGAAACUCC